UGUCCUCGCAUGGUUGGUUGCGGAUCGGUUGACGAAGGCCUCACAUUGCAGUAUGUUACAGCUCGAGUUAUAGUUCUCGCUUCUCCGGAUGAAGGCACCGAAAAGGCCUAUGUAUCGUCUCUAAAAAAUGCGGCAUUAGCUCUGAAGACGAAGCAUUUCGAGCACUACAAGGGACCCUUUCAGGUAUGGAACGUUUCACGACCACGGCACGACCUUACACGAUGUUUAGCAGUAGAAAACAGUGGAUGGCCACCACGAUUAGCUCCACCGCUGGACAGAUUAUGCAGCCUUUGCAAGCAAUUUGAACAAUGGCUUACAUUAAACAACAACAACGUGAUCGUUAUUCAUUGCAAGGGCCAUGUAAGUCGUGCAGCAAUGGUGCUAUCAGCUUUCAUGCACUACAAUGCGAUUUGCAGCAAUGAUGAACCCGUGGAAGAUCGUUUUGACAUCAAACGCUUUUCGGAGAAAUACAUUGGAGCAAAUGGACAGCCAAGCCAUAAACGGUACAUCAACUACUUUUCUUCGUUGUUAUCCGGCAAAGUACGUGUGAAUCCGGCUCCCGUCUACUUGCAUCGGAUUGCCGUUUCGCAUCUCAAUGGACGAAUUCUUUCGUUAAAAAUCUACGAACGAAUGAAACCAGUCUAUCAAUCAUUACCAACGUGA